GUAAAUUAACGCCGGGAAAAAAAAUUAUCGCGAGAUCCUGGUUGCUCAACAAGAGGUAAAAUGUCGGACGUGGAAAUGACAAACGAGGAUUUCCCUCACGAAACAGAACACGCUGAACAAGAUCUUGAACUUGAGCCUGUAAUAGAAGAAGAACGAAUUCUGAAUUUGGCUGAGGCUAAAAAAGAAGAAGGCAACACUUUUUACAAACAACAUAAAUAUUCAGAGGCAUUGGCAUGCUACUCAGACGCAAUAAAUUUAUGUCCAAACUGUGCUGCAUACUAUGGAAACAGAUCAGCAACAUAUAUCAUGCUACACAAAUUCAAGGAUGGUUUAGCAGACGCACAGUACGCUCUACAGUUGGAUACAGGCUUUGUCAAGGGUUAUCUAAGGGAAGGUAAAUGUCACUUAGCUUUGGGUAGUCCAGUCGCAGCACUCAGAAGUUACAGACAUGUACUUGAGAUUGAACCAAACAACACAGUUGCUAUCCAGGAGUCAAAUAUUGCAUCUCAAGUACAAGAACAUAUAUCAAAAGCAGAAGCUAAUUUUGAGAAGAGAGACUAUAGAACUACAAUAUUUUAUCUUGACCGAUGUAUAGAACACUGCACAGCUGCUCUCCAUUUUAAAAUUCAAAAGGCUGAGGCUCAAGCCCUAUUAGGAAAAUAUCAAGAAGCACAAGAAUUAGCAAAUGAUAUAUUACAAAGGGAAGGAAUGAAUGCAGAUGCCCUAUAUGUACGAGGCAUGUGUCUUUAUUAUCAAGACAGCACAGAGAAGGCCUUCCAACAUUUUCAAGAAGUUUUACGAAGAGCUCCAGAUCACCACAAGGCAAAAGAUAUUUUUAGGAAAGCAAAAGCAUUGACUCUAAAGAAAGAAGAGGGUAAUACUGCCUUCAGAGCUGGCAACUUCCAGGAUGCCUACAAAUUGUAUUCAGAUGCGCUGAGUAUAGACCCAAAUAACAAAUCUACAAAUUCCAAGCUGUUCUGUAAUAGAGCCACUGUUUGCUCAAAGCUCAAUAAAUUAGAUGAAGCUAUUCAAGACUGCUCUAAAGCCAUUGAAUUGGAUGACACUUAUCUUAAAGCGUACAUGAGAAGGGCCAAAUGCUACACUGAUACAGAAUUAUUUGAAGAAGCUGUGAGAGAUUAUGAACAGAUUUAUAAAAUGGCUAAAACUAGAGAAAACAAGCAGUUAUUACAAACUGCCAAACUGGAAUUAAAAAAGAGCAAAAGGAAGGACUACUAUAAAAUACUCGGUGUGCACAAGUCUGCUUCAGAAGAUGAAAUCAAGAAAGCCUACAAAAAACGUGCGCUAAUUCAUCAUCCAGAUCGUCAUUCACAUGAUACUGUAGAUAAACAAAAAGAAGAAGAGAAAAAAUUCAAAGAACUUGGUGAAGCCUACAGUAUAUUAUCUGACGCUAAAAAGAAAGCCCGCUAUGACAGUGGACAAGACUUAGAGGAAGAAGGUGGAAUGGGAUUUGACACAGUGGAUCCCAACCAGAUCUUCCAGGCUUUCUUUGGAGGAGGCAACAUGUCUGGAUUUAGCUUUGGUGGACAUCCUAACUCAGGCCACUUCAGCCACGGAGGUCACUCGCAUAGCGGUGGCUUCCCAGGAUUCUCGUUUCAGUUUGGCUGAUGAUUGUACAAUUUUGUGAAAAGUUAUUUUUAUUUUAUUUAACUCCUUCAGUAUGACAGAUUUAUCGCCCUUUUUUCUCGAAGUUUCCCCCCUUUCACAUUUUACUUCAGAUCAUGUUGAAACCAUGUGUAGGAUAAAUGCACAUUUCAUAGCUAGCUGUAUUCAAUAUUGACUGUCAGGUUGAUAUGUUCAAACCACAUAUAACUGACACUGACUAUUGAAAUGCCAACAUUAACUACAUUAUUUCAUUUCAGAUGUGUAAUUUUUCUUUUAAACUCUUUGUGGAAAAAAAAUAUAUAAUUUAUAUAUGGCACUGAUGUAUGGUUUUGUAUAGAAAAAAAAAAUGUUAUGGUUGAUUGAUUAUGUAUGUGUAAUAUAAGAAUGAUAAUAGAUAUGCCUGUUUGACCUGAAUGGUUGAGUUUAGUAUGCUAGUUAUCAACCUCUGUAAUGAUCAAAAUAUUUUGGUCUGUAAUGAAAUUUGGCAGCAUUGCUGUUAUUUUUUUAGUUAUAAAGCAAACUGCAACUGUACUACUACUUAUAUGAUGAAUCGCAUUAUAACAACUUGCUAUACAUGUCAUAAUUGAAAGUUUUUUUUUUUUUUUUUUUUUUUUUGUAACAAAAGAUUGAUGAUUGAGUUAGUAUCAGUUGUAGUCUUAGAAUGACAGGGCUGCGUGUCAUCCUUGUUAUUUAUUUAAUGUACUUACUACAUUCAUGGCUGACUGACAAAGGCUCUGGUUGAAAUUCAGAGAGUGGAUCUGUACUCUAUGUAAAUGGGCUCUUGGUAUGAAAAGGUUAAGGCAGUGGGUAAUUCUUACCUGGCCACACAUUAACUGUCAGGCUUGCUAAUGAAUUAAUUCUCCCCUACUCACCACUUUCUGUCACCAGUGUUGGCAUAGAGGUUAGCAACCAGUCUGAUAAAUCCUGGGUUUUUUAUUUUCCCCAUUUCUGAGUGCAGUAUCUAUAGCCCACCCCCCCAAAAAAAAAAGUUCAGCUUGGCUGCUGACUUGUAUAAACAAAAAUUAAUUUCAUUUCACUGUAACUCAUUUAAUGAUCUUUCACAUGUUUUAGCUUAUUAUGUUGGCAUUUCAAGUAGCAAUAAAUAUUUGGUCUCUGAAAAAAAAAAAAAGACAUUUACAUGCAUAUUUUGCUUCAAUGUAAAUGCCAGUGAUUAAAUAAUGAUUUGCUACUAGUACCCAUGUUGUAGGGUAGCGUCAAGGGUACCUGUAUUUAUUCAAAGUAGAUUCAGUGUUAUAUCACCCCCAAUAUUGCCAGAAUCACUAGACAAAUGAUAGUUUUGAAUUCAAUAUAAAUCCCUGCUUUGUAUUAUACCAUUCUUGUCUUUAAGAUUGUUUGUUAUAUUUUUGAGGCUGGUUUUAAACAUGAUCAUUCUGGUGUUUUAUAACUGAACAUCUUGGCAACACUUGAUUUUGUAGUAAUGGUCAACUGAUAUACUGAAUUAAAAAUGUCUACAAUUUUGUA